GAAAUGAAAAAAACUUUGACAAAAGAUGAUGAAUUUAAGAGAAAAACUUGGGAAAGGCUUAUGGAUUUGGCUACUAAACGUUCAAAUUUAAAAAAAUAUUUGAAAAGAAUGGCUAAGGAAACCAGAGAGGUUGUAAAAACUUUGGACGAAAAUAAGAAAAAAUUGGAUAAACAAAAAUUGGUUUUAAAGGAUGAUAAAAAGAAAGAAGAGUUAGAAGAGUUUAAAAAGAAGGUAAAAAUAAAUUUUAAAAAUAAUUUGUGGAUAUAUUAA